AUAUUUAGUGAAUGUAAUUUUGUCAUUUGUAUGCACUAACUUGAUAGCCAUGGAUGUGAAAUGCCUGCUAGUUUAUGUCAUCAUCAUGACGACCCAGCAAGUUAUCAAUGGGCAUAAGCUUCGACCUGUGUACAAGAAAUUGUCCCGUCUUAAAGAUGCAGUCUAUGCACAUCGGGCGCAAUGGAAAAACGAAAUGAAGAUUUUUCACAACAUCAUUGAAAGGAAAUUCUUGAACAGAGUUGUACGUGAAACGCUGCCAAAUCUCAUUGAAAAGAAAUUGUUGGACAUUUUGAAGUCUGGUGUGCUGGACAUCGCCAUCGACGACUACAACUACCAAAGGAUUAACCGAAUGUACCGUCAACAUCAACUGAUCAAGGUUCACUUGAACUGGACAUAUCGCCAGUUGGUCGGGGUUAUGGCGCUGGUGAGCAAGUCCAAUCGAGAAUCAAAAGAGCUGACUCGGCAGAUCAAGUCUCUGCAGACCAGUGUUAAUGGAUUCAAAAGUAGUUUCAAUGAAAUCCGUGAAGAAAAUGUUCGUUUGAAACAAACCUUGAGUGGGAUCGAGAACCAAGUGAUGGAAUUGUCAUCUUGUUUUCCGUCGGAUACAUCAUGUGGUGUGGUCAAGGACAGGAGCACCCGUGUGGUCUCCAUCAAUACCUGGGACACUGCCCUGACAACUGAGUUCUCUAGUGGAUACACAGCAGAGGAUGUUGGGCAUGAUGAAUUGCUUUCCACGAUUACACCAGAGGUGACGUUAACCCACGAAACGCCUGUUUUGACAACUGAGGCUGAGAAGCAGGACAAAGAGAGCGAGACCUUCUCCAUGCGUUCCGGAGAGCAUACAGACCCAGCCGUGCACACGUUGACGCCGACAACCGACGUCACGGACAGUUUCGCUGAAGACCUUGAGGAUGAAAAACUUAUAACGCUGAUCCCGAGGCAGAGGUUUGAAGGAAUUGCUACAGAGAAAACGGCGUCUGAGACGAGGUCGUUAUCGUCACCGUCGGGCAGAGAAACCACAACAUCAAAUAUCGCUCCGCAUCCGUCUUCGUCUUUGACGACGAUCACCGCAACUACAUCCACUACCCACACAGAUCAGGCAGAAAGAUCGACGUCUAAAACUCUCGCUGCAGCGACAGUCGUGACGGAGGCAUUGGCAACUGCUGCGGAAGACCGAAUGAUUUCGACGACUAAAAAGCAAACCACCACAACAAGACCAGGGGACGCUGUCAGGGACAUACUGAGUUUGAUCAAGAACUGAGAGGCAUGAUAUUGGAAGUUCGAUCAUCACUUGCUCAACUGAUGUACGGGAGCCACCAGGGACUUUCAUGUGUAUAGAUUUAAUUAUGAUCACCCGAGUCUGAAGAAGGAGGUCUGGGGCGGAUGUUCGGUUUUCUUUACCCCUAAUUUGUAAAAAUUCUAUUCAUUUUCUCUUUCCCUUCCUUUCGUUUUUGCAAUGAGGUGAGGUAUUUUGAUGGAAUGUGUAUCGGUAUAUUUCAUAAU